AUGGCUUACGUCUCUGCUUGCCACCAUCGUCCUCCUCCUCGACAUCGAAGCUGGCUCAUCAACCGACUCGACUGCGACACACCGCGUGAUGCUGCUGCAGCUUCGUGCACACAGAAGCAGCCGUUCGCUAUGAGUUCGACGGCUCAGCUGGUGGAAUGUCCCAGCUGUCAACUCAAGCUGCCCCUCUCACAGCUCAAUCCGCAUCUCGACCGAUGUCUUUCCGCUGAGACGUCUCCGAACGGCAAGGCGGACCAAUGGAGCGGUAUCUUUCCCAGCUCUUCUACAUCACAGGCGUCACCUCGAGGCUCGAAGCGGCCAAUCGAAAGCACAGCGCAAGCCACCCAGCUCGUCAACGAUGCGGCUGCUCCUGCCAGCGAUGGCGAUACUAAGCGACUCAAAUCCGACCCGAGCCUCAACGGUCACGCCGCCACCUCCAACAGCAAUGGCACUUCGAACGGACACUUUCAACUACCUCAGCCAGUAGCCUCCACCUCGCGCAGUCGCAUCGAUGCAGCCAAACCCUUUGCCGAGCGAAUGCGACCCCAAUCGCUCGACCAAUACGUCGGCCAAUCCGACGUCGUCAACGGCCCCCUCAAAAUGCUCCUUCGCCAAGGCAAGAUCCCCUCCAUGAUCCUCUGGGGUCCACCCGGAACCGGCAAGACCACUCUCGCCCGUCUCUUGGCUAAAUCAGCCUCUUCCCCGUCAUCAUCGUCAUCCCAAGCACCGCCACCACAUCGAUUCGUAGAGAUUUCCGCAACCAACUCUGGCACCUCCGAUGUCAAGAAGAUCAUGGAUGAAGCUCUUCAUCGGCUCCAGCUCACCGGUCAACGCACGCUCCUGUUCAUCGACGAGAUCCAGCGCUUCAGUCGUGCCCAGCAAGACGUGUUCCUACCCGCGGUCGAGAAGGGACAGAUCGUGCUCGUGGCAGCUACCACCGAGAACCCUUCGUUUCGACUGCAAUCCGCUCUCAUUUCGCGGAUGCGCGUGUUCAUCCUCACCAAACUCAGCGUCGACGAAUGCUGCCAAGUCCUACGAAAUGCUUUAGCUUGUGUCAAGCAAGAGUCUCUGGACGGCGCUGAAGACGCCUCGGUAGCGACGCACAUCGACGAAGAUCUGAUCCGUUGGAUCGCCAACAUGGCCGACGGAGACGCUCGUUCCGCAUUAUCCGCCCUCGAACUCGCGCUCUCCACCACCGACCCAUCUCUGCCACCUUCAUCGAACCUGACGCGUCUCAAAGCAGCGCUCAAACGCACCGCCCUCCAGUACGACCGAACCGGCGACAUGCACUACGACACCAUCUCUGCGCUGCACAAGUCGAUCCGCGGGUCGAACCCGGACGCGGCGCUCUACUGGCUUGCGCGCAUGGUGUGCUCCGGCGACGACCCGCUCUUCAUCGCGCGCCGUCUGAUUGUCGCUGCUUCCGAAGAUGUCGAUACGCUCGAAGCGCUGCAGAUGGCUACGGCCACGUACACCGCCUGUCAGGUGGUCGGCCUGCCGGAGUGUGGCGAGAAUCUGGCGCAGUGCGUCGUCUUCCUGGCCGAGGCAAGCAAGAGCACGAGGAGCUACAGAGCGUGGAAGAAGGCGAAAGCCCUCGUGGAGGGCGGGUACAACGAGCCGGUACCGAUGCAUAUCAGGAACGCACCGACGAAGCUGAUGAAGGAUCGCGGGUGGGGCAAGGAGUACAGGUACGAGCCGAGGUUUGCACAUCCCGUCCAUCAAGAGUAUUUCCCAGAAAAGCUGAGGGGCACGAGGUUCCUGUCCCCGCCACCAGAGGAACAACCCCAAGAGGAAGAGGAAGCACAGACGGACUGGCAUCACAAAUCCAUGCAGACGAAGAUGGAGAGCACAGCAGGAGUGGGUCCGGGAUCGUGCCAACGCAUCUUCGAGCUGGGCGCACGAUCGGUCGAUCUGGAUCUGUUGGACGAAUGGGAGCGAGAACGUAACGGCGGUAAGGAAUGGAGUGGUAGGAAACGGCUGCACGAGUUGUUGGAUAGAAUGCAAGCGGAGGAGCAGGACGCGAAAGAGGGGCAAGUGACGUAA